CCCCGCCCGCCGUCCGCCCCGCUCCGCGCCCAGCCCUGCCCGGUCCGGCUGUCCCCGGGGAAGCUGCAGGGCGACCUGACACCCAUCCAGCCAUGGCGACUCCCUCUGCUGCCUUUGAAGCCCUUAUGAAUGGGGUGACCAGCUGGGAUGUCCCCGAAGACGCCACCCCGAGUGAACUGCUUCUGAUCGGCGAAGCGGCCUUCCCCGUGAUGGUCAACGAUGUGGGCCAGGUGCUCAUCGCCGCCUCCUCCUAUGGCCGCGGUCGCCUGGUGGUGGUGGCCCAUGAGGACUUCUUGGUAGAAGCCCAGCUCACUCCCUUUCUGCUCAACGCAGUGGGCUGGCUUUGUUCGUCCCCCGGGGCCCCAGUCGGGGUACACCCUUUCCUGGCACCCUUGGCCAAAAUCCUCGAGGGCUCGGGCUUGGAGGCAAAGAUCGAGUCGGAAGUGAAAGACUCCCUGGGGGUUUACUGUAUCGAUGCCUACAACGAGACCAUGACCGAGAAGUUGGUCCAGUUUAUGAAACGCGGCGGGGGCUUGCUUGUUGGAGGCCAAGCCUGGGACUGGGCCAACCAGGGUGAUGAGGAGAGGGUUCUGUUCACGUUCCCCGGCAACCUCGUGACCAGCGUGGCCGGCAUUUACUUCACCGAGAACAAAGGGGACGCGAGUUUCUUUAAAGUCUCCAAGAAGAUGCCCAAGAUCCCGGUCUUAGUUAGCUGCGAGGACGAUCUCUCCGAGGACAGGAGCCAGCUCCUGCAGGGCAUCUCGGAGCUGGACAUCACCAACUCCGAUUGCUUCCCGUCGCAGCUGCUGGUGCACGGGGCCCUGGCCUUCCCGCUGGGCCUGGACUCCUACCACGGCUGUGUGAUCGCGGCCGCCCGCUACGGGCGUGGCCGGGUGGUGGUGACCGGCCACAAGGUCCUGUUCUCCGUGGGGAAGCUGGGCCCCUUCCUGCUCAACGCUGUGCGCUGGCUGGACGCGGGCCGCCGCGGCAAGAUCGUGGUGCAGACGGAACUGAGGGCGCUGAGCGGGCUGCUGGCCGUGGGGGGCAUCGACGCGAGCGUGGAGCCGCAUCUGACCAGCGACGCGAGCGUCUACUGCUUCGAGCCCAUGAGUGACGUGGGGGUCAAGGAGCUGCAGGAGUUCGUGGCGGAGGGCGGGGGGCUGUUUGUGGGCGCCCAGGCCUGGUGGUGGGCCUUCAAGAACCCCGGCGUGUCCCCUCUGGCCCGGUUCCCAGGAAACCUCCUCCUCAACCCCUUCGGCAUCAGCAUCACGAGCCAAAGCCUGAACCCGGGGCCCUUUCGCACCCCGAAGGCGGGGAUCAGGACCUAUCACUUCCGCUCCACCCUGGCCGAGUUCCAGGUCAUCAUGGGCAGGAAGCGCGGAAACGUGGAGAAGGGCUGGCUGGCCAAGCUGGGGCCCGACGGCGCGGCCUUCCUGCAGAUCCCCGCCGAGGAGAUUCCCGCCUACAUGUCGGUGCACCGUCUCCUGCGGAAGCUGCUUAGCCGCUACCGGCUCCCGGUCGCCACCCGCGAGAACCCCGUGAUCAAUGACUGCUGCCGGGGCGCCAUGCUGUCGCUGGCCACUGGCCUGGCCCACUCCGGAAGUGACCUGUCUCUCUUAGUCCCAGAAAUUGAUGACGUGUACAGCAGCCCCUACCUGCGCCCGUCGGAGUCGCCCAUCACCGUGGAGGUCAACUGCAACAACCCAGGCACCAGAUACUGCUGGAUGAGCACCGGGCUCUACAUCCCCGGGAGGCAAAUCAUAGAGGUCUCACUGCCUGAAGCUGCCGCCUCUGCGGACCUGAAGGUACAGAUUGGCUGCCACACGGACGACCUGACCAGGGCCAGCAAGCUGUUCCGAGGGCCUCUGGUGAUCAACCGGUGCUGCCUGGACAAGCCCAGCAAGUCCAUCACCUGCCUCUGGGGGGGCCUGCUCUACAUCAUCGUGCCACAGAGCAGCAAGCUGGGCUCCGUGCCCAUCACCGUCAAGGGUGCUGUGCACGCUCCCUACUACAAGCUGGGGGAGACAUCCCAGGAGGAGUGGAAGAGGCGGAUCCAGGAGAAUCCAGGGCCCUGGGGGGAGCUGGCCACCGACAACAUCAUCCUGACUGUGCCGACCGCCAACCUCCGCACGCUGGAGAACCCCGAGCCGCUGCUCCGUCUCUGGGACGAGGUGAUGCAGGCGGUGGCCAGGCUGGGUGCAGAGCCCUUUCCUCUGCGCCUGCCUCAGAGGAUCGUGGCCGACGUGCAGAUCUCAGUCGGCUGGAUGCAUGCCGGCUAUCCCAUCAUGUGCCACCUGGAGUCUGUGCAGGAGCUCAUCAACGAGAAGCUCAUCAGAACCAAGGGGCUGUGGGGCCCUGUGCACGAGCUCGGCCGCAACCACCAGCGGCAGGAGUGGGAAUUCCCGCCACACACCACCGAGGCCACCUGCAACCUGUGGUGUGUGUACGUGCACGAGACGGUCCUGGGCAUCCCUCGGGGCCGCGCCAAUAUUGCUCUGUGGCCCCCAGUUCGGGAGAAGAGAGUGAGGAUCUACCUGGGCAAGGGUCCCAAUGUGAAAAACUGGAAUGCUUGGACGGCACUGGAGACAUACCUACAGCUCCAGGAGGCCUUUGGCUGGGAGCCAUUCAUCCGUAUGUUCACGGAGUAUAGAAACCAGACCAACUUGCCCACAGACAACGUCGACAAAAUGAAUCUGUGGGUGAAGAUGUUCUCCCACCAAGUGCAGAAGAAUCUGGCUCCGUUCUUUGAGGCCUGGGCCUGGCCGAUCCAGAAGGAGGUGGCGACCAGCCUGGCCUACCUGCCCGAGUGGAAGGAAAAUAUUAUGAAAUUGUACCUCCUCACACAGAUGUAAGGAGUGCCCAGCGAGGUGGCAGGCCCCACUGAAGUUGACGUCAAGAAACACAAAAGAGAAUUGACACAUCUCAGCAAAGAACCCUGAAGGAAUUUGGUCAUCCGUGAAGAUCUCAGCAUCUUUUUGGAAUGGAGCGAAUGGCUAAAGCUUGAAAAUGAAUGGAAGAGUGAAGGUACCUUUCAGAGAGAAUUUAAGCUGAUCUGAACAAGUAUCGUAUCCCCAAAGAGACCUGCAAAGUGUAUCUACUAAUGAGUUAUCCCAGUUGUAAAAUUAACUCCCACCCCAUUCUACCCCAACCCUAUGACAAAAUACAGGUGGUCUCCUGAUAGUGCCAGUUACAAAUCUAUUGUUGUUUUUGCUAUUGUUGCUGUUGUUGUCUAUAUAAAGGAGUUCAAACUGGCUGAGGAGAGACAGGUUCUCAAGGAAAAAUUCUCUUUUUGUGGAAAUGAGUAGUCCCCUAGCCUUUUAGCAAAGUCUAAUUCUAGCAAGUGAGAGCCCUACCCACGUGGGGCUUCCAACAGAGAGAAAGGCUCACCGGAGAAGCAGAUCCAAUCAUGCAGUAGCAGCAGAAACCCACACCGGCUGCUUUAAAAGUCAGCAGUUACAUUGAUUCUUAGGUGCCAGUGGUCAACAAGCAAUUUCCAAGCAUUGGACACGGGGCUGAGGCAGAGGGUAGGAGUAGGGAGGAGCAUGUGAGAAAAAUGGAUUCAAAUUAGAUUUGCAAAUUA